CCAACGCAUUCCAUCUCCGUUUAAAGCACAGGAGCACAGAUCGCCCUGUGAGCCACAACUACAUGGAAGAACACAACUGUCUCAGCAUCAUCAACAAACAACAAGGGAGUACAUAUAUUCUCUGAGACGCCGUUUUGUUGCUGUUGGGAGAAAAUAAUAAUAAAAACUCCAACUCCAGGCAGAACCGGUGAGAUUAAUGAAGCCCAGCAUGGAGUGCUGAGUAAAAAAAUCAGCAUCUUCAGGAAUCAGCAGUGAGUCCAUGAGCUGUGUGUGCAGACACUAAUAUUCAAAAAUGGAGAGCCGUGAUCUGGACACAGAUAAUGAGACCCCACCCUCAGAAAAGCGUGAACUCCAGAUGAAGAGAUCAGACCCACCAGAACCCAGCCGUGUCUCCAUGAACAGUGAUCGGUCUAUGGUUUUUCCUUUGGACUUUAACAAUAGAGCCUCCUCAUCUGUUCACAGUGAUUUACAGAAAGCAGGAGACAGAAGAGAAAAGAUCAUCAUCACAGAUGCAGGACACGCCCCAGAAUCUGCUGCUGGAAAUGAAGUCCUGAAAAAAUUCAGAUUAAAUCUGAUGAAGACGUUUCAGUGUUUAAAUGGAGUGAUAAUAAAGCAGGAAAACCGAGUGCUCCUGAAUGAGAUCUUCACAGAGCUCUACAUCACAGAGGGAGACAGUGGAGACGUCAAUAAAGAACAUGAGGUGAGACAGAUUGAGGCAGCAUCCAGGAGAAAAACAACAGAGGAAACACCAAUCAAAUGCAACGACAUCUUUAAGCCCUUAUCUGAAGAAGACGAACCCAUCAGAACUGUAGUGACGAAGGGAGUGGCUGGUAUUGGAAAAACAGUCUCUGUGCAGAAGUUCAUUGUGGACUGGGCUGAAGGGAAAGCAAAUCAGGACGUCCACCUCAUAUUUCCACUUCCUUUCAGAGAGCUGAAUCUGAUGAAGGACCAAAAACUGAGUCUGAUGGAGCUGCUUCAUGUCUGUUUCAAUGAAACUAAAGAAACAGAAAUGUCCAGGAUUGGAAAGGUUCUGUUCAUUUUUGAUGGAUUGGACGAGUGUCGUUUCCCGCUGGAUUUUCAGAACACAGUGAGAGUGUGUGAUGUAACUGAAUCAGCAUCAGUGCAUGUGCUGCUGAUAAACCUGAUCAAAGGGAAUCUGCUUCCCUCUGCUUUCAUCUGGAUCACCUCCCGACCAGCAGCAGCUGAUCAAAUCCCCUCUGAACAUGUCCACCGAGUCACAGAGGUACGAGGGUUCAAUGACCCCCAGAAGGAGGAGUACUUCAGGAAGAGGGUCAGUGAUCAGAGCCUGGCCAAAAACAUCAUCACACACCUGAAGUCAUUAAGAAGCCUCUACAUCAUGUGCCAAAUCCCAGUCUUCUGCUGGAUUUCAACCGCUGUUCUAGAGAGAAUGUUGGGUGAAGCAGAGAGUGGAGAGAUCCCCAAGACUCUGACUCAAAUGUACACACACUUCCUCAUCACUCAGACAAACAUCAUCAGCGGAAAGUACUCAAAGAAGCAGGAGAGUGAUGAAGAAAUACUUCUCAAACUGGGAAAACUGGCUUUUCAGCAGCUGAAGAAAGGCAACCUGAUCUUCUAUGAGGAAGACCUGAGAGAGUGUGGCAUUGAUGUGACAGAAGCAGCAGUGUACUCAGGUGUGUGUACACAGAUCUUCAGAGAGGAAGUUGGGCUUCACCAGAGUAAAGUGUACUGCUUUGUUCAUCUGAGCGUUCAGGAGCAUCUCGCAGCUCUGUAUGUGCAUCUGACCUUCAUGAAGGAAAAGGGAAAUGUUCUUGAUCACAGUCGGUCCAAGACAAUUUCAGAUGUACACAAGAUUGCUGUAGGUCAGACCUUAAAAAGUCAGACUGGACAUUUGGAUCUGUUCCUCCGCUUUCUUCUGGGUCUCUCACUAGAGUCCAAUCAGAAACUCUUACAUGACUUCGUAACACGGACAGGAAGUAGCUCCCAGAGCAAAGAGGAAACAGUUCAGUACAUUAAGGAGAAGAUCAGUAGAGAUGAUCUUCCUGCAGAAAAAUCCAUCAAUCUGUUCCACUGUCUGAAUGAACUGGGUGACGAUUCUCUCGUGAAGGAAAUCCAAUGCUACCUGAAAUCUGGAAAACAAAGUGAACUCUCUGCUUCACAGUGGUCUGCUCUGGCGUUUGUGUUACUGACUUCAGCACAGGAGCUGGAGGAGUUUGAUCUGAGUAAAUAUACCAGUACAGAGAAGAUACCAGAUGAGGUUCUUGUGAAGGUGAUGCCUGUGAUUGCAGCAUCCAGAAAAGCAAUGAUCAGUUGUGAGACAAUUGAAGGGAGAAGCGCUAAAGCUCUGGUCUCAGUGCUCAACUCAGAAACCUCCAGUCUGAGAGAACUGCAUCUGACUGUGAAGACACUGGAUCUGUCUUGGAAUAAACUAGAAGACUCAGGAGUGAAGCGUCUCUGUGCUGUACUGGAGAAUCCUCACUGUAAAGUGGAGACACUGCAUUUGUGUGGUUGUGGUGUCUCAGAUGAAGGCUGUGCUGCUCUGAGUUCAGCUCUGAGAUCAAACCCCUCACACCUGAGAGAACUGGGUCUGAAUAAUAAUAACCUGGGAGACUCAGGAGUGAAGCGUCUCUGUGCUGUACUGGAGAAUCCUCACUGUAAACUGGAGACACUGGCGUUGGAGUGGUGUGGUGUCUCAGAUGAAGGCUGUGCUGCUCUCGCUUCAGCUCUGAGAUCAAACCCCUCACACCUGAGAGAACUGAGUGUGUAUGGGAAUGAAAUAGGAGACUCAGGAAAGGAGCUGCUCUCUGCUCUUAAGGAUGAUGAACAUUACAAACUACAGGAACUCUGUUGGCGGUGAACGUGUGUGUGUGUGUGUGUGUGUGUGUGUCCGUGAUGAAGACUCUGGUGUUCCUGCAUUUCCAUGUUGGGGAACAGACAACAUAUUCAUAAACACGUCAGUCAUUUAGUUCUAACAAAUGAAAGGGACUCGGAGACGUGGUCAGUGUGUGUUCAUGGUGCACAGUGAAUCAGACUGCACACAAUUCUACACUGAAUGUGGAACAACUUGUGAUCUGCAUGAACUGUCUGGACCUCAGUCCCUUAAAAACCCUGAAAGAGCACGUGAAAAAGCACAGGGACUCGAGCUGAACCCAGUCAGUGGAAGAGGGAGCUGAAAUGGACAGGAACAGUUUCAGAACAUUGGUGGGAUUCUCACCUGACAGGAUCGCCAUUUGGGGAGUUAAUCUGAGGAAGCCCCGAGGAGACUCACUACAAGGCACAUUUAUCACUUUGUCUUUUGAUUGGUAUUUAAUAUACACUCACUGAGCACUUUAUUAGGAACACCUGGAUGGAACCGCCUUGUUGAUGAGAUGAGUCACCGGAGAACGGCCAGACUGGUUUGAGCUGACAGAAAGGCUACAGUAACUCAAAUAACCACUCUGUACAAUUGUGGUGAGCAGAAAAGCAUCUCAAAAUGCACAACACACUGAACACUGAGGUGGAUGACCACGUCGGGUUCCACUUCUGUCAGCCAAGUACAGAAAGCUGAGGCUGCAGUGGCACAGGAUCUCCACAACUGGACAGGUGAAGAGUGAAAAAACGUAGCCUGGUCUGAUGAACCUCGAUUUCUGCUGAGGCUCACAGAUGGUGGGGUCAGAAUUUGGCACCAACAGCAUGAAUUAGUGUUCCUAAUAAUGUGCUCUGUGACUGUAGAUUAGAUCUUUUUGUUACAGGAUCAGACCAAAGCUGUUCAUUUUUGUUCGCCUCUUAAUUUUUUUCUCUAGAUUUUGAAGUAUUAAAUAUAUAAAUACAGUGUGAUUAUUUUUCUGUUGUAUAAAAUUAGUUUCUGUAUUUAAACUGAAUUUUUUUUCGCAAAAAAAGCCAACGGUUAUUGGAAAUAAAUUUAUUCGUAGCACUUGGGUGUUAGUACUCAGACGAAAAAAUGGAUUUCCAUCAAAGUCAAAUCAUGAAAUUUUCAGCAUCUGUGUAAUUUCUGAUUUACUGUAAGUGUAAAUACUUUGUCGCUUGUCUUGUUCUGUAGUGGUUUGUGUUUGUCACUAUUACUCAGCAAUACUAAGGUUUUUAAUGCGUCUUCAUAUAAAUUCUGAUUGGUUCCAAAGUCAGACUAAA